UGCAGCCUGUUGUGGCCCGAAUCGAAUUAAACCAAUUUUAUCUUCGGAUUUUCCUUAUUUUCCUUAUCGUAGAGCAAAUAACAGCGAGUUGGGUAUUCCCUUUGGAAUUUAUUGUGUAAUGUGGUCCCGUGUUUGGGAGAUAGGGAUAAUAUCGCAAGAGUUUUUAACAACGUGCGAAGAAUGAGUAAUAUCAAUCGUGAUAUCAUAGGACUUCAUUGUUUGCACCAUUAAUUCAGUGAUUAUUGCAACCUUCAACUUAUUUAGUGUUUUAAAAAGAACGAUGUUGUUACGUUGUGCGGCGUUAUUUUUGUUUGUAAAUGUUGUGAGGACAUCUGGGGUUGCCGGAUUGAGUAAGGAUUUUGUAAGUGAUGUUAAUGCGAGAUACUCGUUAUGGCCGUCGAUUCACCAUGGGAUGAGAUUGAUGACGAUUCGUAAACGCGAGGUGGAAACGCAAACGACAGUGAAGCCAGAAGUACCCUCUGGUCAAGCUGUGGCUCAGGCUAAUUCAGAAGUUGGAAUCCCGGGCGCUAGUGAAGGACAAUCUACUGUGAAGAGUGGAACUAAGAUUUCUGAGACACCUGUUCUGCCUCACUCUACUGAUAAGCCUCAGUCACCCAAUGUUUCUAAUUCACCUGUAUUGGUUAAUCCACCUGUGCCUCCAAAUAAUGCAACCAAAACUGAUAAGGAUGGUGAAAAACCUCCAAUCACAAAUAAAACAGUGCAGAAACCUGAUAAAAAAAACACAACAAGUGAUAAUUCAACAAGUGUUGACAAAACAAAUAAUGACAAAACAGAAUUACAUAAUGCAACAGCAGGGGAAGCACCUAAAAUCAACCUGAGUGACCCAGGGGUUGUGAAGAGGGCGGCUAUAGUGUUUGGAGGGUUUGCUCUGCUGGCAACAGCUUACUACUUCUUCAUAUACAGGAAAAAAGCUAACACCAAUGAUGCUAAAAACACACACAGCUCUAUUGAUCCAAAUCAAUUCCGCUAUGGUGUGCUACAAUCCGAAGACAAAAGGAGUAACAUGGAGUUAUCCAGGGUGCCGCUGACGAUGGAGUCAGAUGAAGACGACGAUGAGGACUUGGAGAUAUUUGACUUAGGACAGAAGAAAAAGUCACUAUCAUAUAUCAACUUACAACAACAUGAUGAAGAUAUCGUCUUAAAUGACUCGAGAAGUAUAGAUAUGGAGAAUCUCCUUGUGGACAUUGACGACACGAACACGGACACUCUGAUCAAUUGGUCUGGUAAUGGUAGUAAGUCUGUUUUAUAAUAAGUGUUUAGAUUGCAUUGCUCUUAAAAUUUUGUUUUAUUUUUUUAUUGAUUUGUUCAUAUAAAAUAUGUGACCUUUUAGAAAAGAUACUCGGAAUGUUAUUCCAAAAAGGGUUGACAAAUUUUAUAUGAAUCAACACGAAAAUGUUGCAUUUAAGAAGAUCUUAUUGAUAAAUUGUUUAUUGUUGUAAUUAGACAUAUAACUCUAUGUCUAUGUUAAUUGAGUAUGUUUAAGCGCCUAACUGCUGAGCGGAGGCCUUUUACAUAUGGAAUAAAAUUCUUAAAAUACGCGUCAUAGGAUGUUAUGUUGAAUGACUGUGUAGCAUUAAGUCUGGUACUUAUUGAAUCAAGGCCAUGUAUUUGAAAUUGAACAAGACUCAAUGAGUCUUGCAUGCCGUAGCAACAAACAAUUGUUUGUGAGUAUUCAGUCAUGCCUGAUAACAUAUGUAAAUACUUAGUUGGAUUUCGUUUCGUUGUAUGAUUCUUGACCUUGGAUUCGCUUUGAGCAAAUUAUGUCUAAGUUUACAUUGUUAUCAACUUAUCAUGUUUAGCUAAAAAAGGGAACGACGUUUUUUAUAAAACGUAAUACUGUUGUUAGUAAGAUCUGUGGGUAUACCUAACAAGAUAUCGUCACUACUUUUAAAAAAACUUGUAUCUUCGUCUGUCAAUGAAAAGAAAAUUGUAGUAAGUAUGUAUGGAAUGCAUAUAGACUUACUGCGUUUUAACUUUGAGGAACAGCGUGAGAUACGAGAUUUUUUAAAAGUAGUGACAAUAUGUAUAGCACAUAUUUUCGAUCAAAGGUGUAUUAAAAGUUUGUGUUGGUUUAGAUACUAAAUUUUACAAAUGAGCGCACUAAGGAAUGUGGCGGUCUUUUUUAAUACCAAAAAUUACUAUGUCUUGGCUUACUUUAUUACUAAACAUAGAAGUGAAAAUACUAAUUUUUAAACUUCAAAAAGAUGGUGAUAAAAAUUUAGACAGGCUGCACACCCUUUUUGUUACCAGAUGGUCCUUAGGCUUGCCUGAGAAUGUUCACAUGUAAUAGUACCUAUGUUGAAGGUUGUGUUAUGAUUUUCUUUACCUUUUGGCGUGGAAAGCUUUUGAAAUUGAUUGUAGAUCUCAGUACUGAUUUUAUAAAAGUAGAAGCUAGACGGUUUGCUUCUUACCUACAGGUUCACCCAUGAUAGGUUUACAUACCUCUGAUAAUAACUAAGCAAUCAAAUCUCUCAUUCAUAAUGUUGUAGGUGCUUAGUUAACAAUGUUAACAUGGCAAUCGUUUACGCGUUGGAACUAAUAUGGAAGAGUAGACAAACAGGAAGCGUUUUUUUAUGCAAAUGUAUGUUUAUCGUCUCGCAUUCCAUAUUUUAUUUAUUUUGAGGAAUUGAUGUUGCAUUUAUCCGAGCAUUUUUGGUAUCUGGACAGCUCGAGGUUAUAAUAUUGUAAUGGUGUAAAUUAAAUAUAUGUCUGCCUAAAUUGGACCUAAGUUAUCUAGGGUAAACUACCCAAUGUUUGCACUGCCUGUAGUUUUAUUAAAAAGUUAAUAUGUACCAAACAUUAGUGUUAGGUAGUUUACCUUACUGCGAAAUUCAACUUAUUUUUUUUGUGCAAAUGUAACGAAUUCUCCGUUAAAAUUUAAGAAUAAGAUAUAAGAUAAAACUUUGAAGGCUUUGAAGUUUAGGUAGAUACAGUCACCGGCAUAAAUACCUAAGUGAUGAUUUCUGUACCUUGUCGCUUUAAAUCGUUUGAAAAUUUCGUAUGACAUUUCAAACAAGACGCUAAUGUGACAAGGUAUAGAAAUCAUCACAUAUUUAUGCCGGUGACUGUACCUACCAAAUACUAAUUUUCUGUCUGUCCUAUGUUUGUAAUACAUUGUAUACUACUGAUUAAGCACCAUUGCAUUGGUAUGUUAUUUUGUAAGAAUAUCAGAUUAUAAUUA